GCCCGCAGCCGGCGCUCCGUGGGGCCACGCGCGGCAGCUGAUGGCCGCGGGCGGGCCGGGGCGCCGCGAGGAGAUGGCGCCGCCGUCCCCCUACGUGCACAGCAUGCCGGCCUGGGUGCUGGAGGACUUCUGCCAGAAGAUGGACUGCCUCAGCGACAGCGACUGGAUGCGCUUCGCCUCCUACGUGAUCACUGACCAGACCGAGCUGCGGAAGAUCAAAUGCAUGGAGAAGACAGGGAUCAGCAUCACCCGCGAGCUGAUGUGGUGGUGGGGUGUGAGGCUGGCGACCGUGCGGCAGCUGCUGGACCUGCUGCAGGCGCUGCAGCUCUACCGGGCGGCUCAGGUCAUCCUGGACUGGAUAUCACCCUCUAGCAUUAGCACCUCUGAAAAAGAAGAGCUGGUAGAGCCACCUAAACAAGAGAACGUAUCUUUAACUCCCACAGAAAACAAACACAAAGAGAAAGAAAAUGAGAUAAGUCUGCUGCCAUCAUCAGACCUUUCACAACCAGGAAUAUCACCAGCAUGUAAUGCUGUUUCUGAAGGAACCUUGUAUUCACUUCCUUCUCCACCACCUCCCCCAAGAGACCUUUUGAAAUCCUUACAGUCAAAUCCUUCUGUCUCAUCAAGUGUGAAGCCCUGCAGCUCUUCUACUCCUCAGCAGGAGACGAUGACUGAUCUCCCCAGUGGAAGUCUUCUGUGGACUCAGAAAGAAGUUACUAAUGCCACAGAUGGGUUCAGUGGCAAGAAUAGAAUUUGUGAAGGCACUUUUGCAGAUGUCUACAAAGGUCAGAGGCACAACAUGGUGUAUGUCAUCAAAAGACUGAAAGAGACCGAAUGCACAAGCCCAAAUUCCACCCAAAGAUUUUUUCAUACAGAAGUACAGAUUUGCUUUCGGUGUUGUCAUGUCAACAUUUUGCAGCUGCUAGGUUUCACAGUAGAAUCUGAGUUGCACUGCCUGAUAUAUCCAUACCUGCCUAAUGGAUCACUACAGAACAAACUUCAGCAUCAAGAUGAUUCUGCUCCACUGCCGUGGGAGAUACGACUUAGUAUUUCUGUGGGACUCAUCCGAGCUGUGGAGUAUUUACACAAUUUUGGAAUUCUUCAUGGGAAUAUCAAGAGCUCAAAUGUCUUGCUGGAUGAAAACUUUACACCAAAGCUUGGGCAUUCAGGUCUGCGACUGUACUCUGCUGAUAAAAAGUCCGAAUGUACUAUGAUGAAAACCAAAGUCAUGCAAGCUUCUCUUACUUACCUGCCAGAAGAUUUUGUCAGACAUGGGCAGUUAACAGAAAAAGUUGACGUAUUUGGCUGUGGUGUGGUCUUAGCAGAGAUACUGACGGGGAUUAAGGCACUGGAUGAAGGAAGGAGCCCUAUUUAUCUGAAAGAUAUGAUUGCUGAUGAAAUCCAAACAGCAAAAGAAACCUCACACUCCAAAGACAAGAAUUUGGAAAAGCUAGCUGCCAAGGAAAUAUGCUGUAAAUACCUGGACAAGAAAGCAGGACAUUUGCUGGAAGAGGUUGCCAUUGAUUUUGCCUCAGCCACCUGCCUUUGUCUGAAAAAGAAGAAUUCUAACAUAACAGAGGUACUGGAAAUUAUGGAAACAGCUGAAAAUAAAUUGAGAGAGCAUUACAUCUGUGGAGGAGGCAGCACUUCUGGGUUUUCCAUGAAUACUCCGGAAGAAACUGACGAUGAGACAACCAACCUCAGUGUGGACGCUCCUUCUGCAGGGCAGAAUAAAGACGAUAGCACACAGCCAGUACUCCUGGCAAGUGGCGGUCAGUGCACACCUUCAGUAGGAGUUGUGCCACCUGACACGUACUGUGAACAGAUGUCUCGGGUGCCUUGUGAAUCAGAUGAAUCAACGAGUUUCAUCUGGAACCCUGAAGAAAAAUCUACAGAUGAGCUAUUCAGCAACAACUAUAACAAUUCAGAAAAUAUUACGAGCUCUGACUGCAGGAUGAAGGAGAGAACAAAAGCAAAUGGACUCCGGGAAAGAAACGUAGUAUGCAUCAGAAGUGAUGACAACUUGGAAAUGGCUGCUACUGCACACAGCACAUUUCAACCAAAAAAUGCAGACCUUGACUCCGCCAGUUCAUCCCAAGGUAAAUGUAGAUAAACCUGAAGUGUGGGUGCAGAACGUUCUGGCAUGUGAUGGUCCAGGUGCUUUGCCAAAAGUGUCCGUGCUUCUCUUCUAACCCAAGUCUUUACAACAGUUUGGGUUCUUACUCCUUGCUUACGAAUUUACCAAUAAAUCUACAGAAUAUUCUCUGUUUCUUUUCUAAACCAGAUCUUUAAUUUAAAAUUGCUGUCUGUGCCUUACAUACAGAUGCAUUUUUUUUUUUCCUCAGUAUUUGGAAUUUUUUGUUUUUCAGCGUUAGCCAGAGAGGCAUCCUGGAAAAUAAAAAUAAAUGACCAAAAAAAGAAGCUAAUGGAAAAUAUUUUGCUGUAUGAAGAAGACAAAUUAAGCAGUUCUGAACUUUUUGAUUCUUAAACUGGAUGGAUUUAUUAGCUGUGACCAACUUAUAAGAAGAAAUAAGGACUGAUGCUUCAUUAGAAAGUAUACCUCUCCUGUGAGGCUGAGUAGCAUAUUUGGAUCAGAAACAUUGUCCUUCUCUGAAGAAAACAAAAGUGACGGCACUGAGAAGAAACAGGAAAUAUCCUUCCUAAGACAGGCUGAGGCACAGUGCAGCUCUGCCAACAGAAAUGCCUUCUUUCUUCUAAUCUGCAUUAUAAAGAGAUUUAAGGCCCUUUUCUUGUGUAUUUCAAAAAGUAUCUGCAGAUAAUGUGUCUGAUUAAAAUACCACAGUCCUAGAAGUUACAGAGCAAGCACCGAUCCACAAUUGGCCAGCAAUACCCUUUAUUGUCAUUGCAUUGUAUAUGAGGAGACAAAUCUUUGAAGAGAUUGGAGAAGGUUUCAGUUUUCAAAUGAUCUAUUUCAUAUACACUCAGUCUGUAUACCCAAAAACGCUCUGUUAGCAGAGAAGGGAAUUUCUAUGCAAGUUCUCAGAUGUGUUCUAUAUGACCAAUUUCAAUUUGAAUCACACUGAAAAUAGUUGUGAUUAAAUAACUGAAGACAAGUUGAUCUACUCUGUGUGCUGCUGUACCAGCUAUAUGCAUUAUAUAAUUGAAGUCUAAGCAAGUUGCACUAUCAGGAGCUAUAUGACAGCAUUUAGCACUUCAGAGGGUAUCUCUGAAAGUUGUUUUUCUUCCUAAGUGUCCUUUAAGCGUUAAGGCUUCUCAUUGUGUUUCACUUAGUGACUACUACCCAUCUUGGAUUUUAAUGUAAAAUGUCUUCAGUUUUAUCAUCAGUCAGUUGAAAUUUGAUUAGUUGCAUUUAUUUUGGCAAUGGGUAAAACAGUCAGGGAUGAGCCAGAAGGUGGGCCUGCUUACACAGCCGUGCUCCUCACAGAGCCAGCUGUUUCAUUCUUUACUUUGUUCUGUUGUUAAAGGUAUUCUGAGGCAUGGAACCCUACCAGGUGUUUAUUAAUGUAACGUAACAUAGCUCAUAUUCUGCAUAGUCUCACAAUAAUGGUACUCUUAUGUUGCCUAUUCAAUAUAGUAUGUUUUAAUCUCAACCUGACAAAUUUACACUUCAUUAAUAAACUUGAGAAUAAAAGACGAAAAAAGCCCUGUCCUUAUAUCC